GUAACACCAGGUUUAUAUUCUGUGACAUAAACGAACGAAUCAAAUUUUCAACGGAAAUCGGGGAUACGUUUUUUAAUUAUUUGUGAUUGUGAACUUAGAAAUCGGCCCAUCUUACUUUUAAAUGUUAUUUUGAUUGAGUAUUAUUUACGAUGGAUAAUCCGCUCACUCCAAAUAAAAUACUACGAUUGUUACAUUAUGCGGAAGACAAAUCUUUUAGUCUUAAAAAGCGAUUGGCACAAGAGGACGAAGAGAAACGUAUGGAUACGCAGGAAGGAACGACAAAUAAAUCCAGUAUGCAUUUGGAGUCGUCCUCUGGAAUACUAGAUUUAGACAAAGUAGAGGGUUUUGGUGAAGGGGGAAUAAGUAUUAUGUCAUUUAAUAAAUCUUCUGCAUUUAAUCCUGGUGAGAUGACUGGAAGAUCAACUGGUACUGAUGAAGUAAAGGUUCACAAAGAACGCAAGGAACCGGGCAAAAAACCCGAUGCUUAUGAUGAAUAUGGACGAUACUCAUUUGCUCUAGAAAGUCUCACUAGCAAUUUGGAAAAGCAAACGAUGGAAGUUAAUGAUAUUAUGAGACAUUCAAUUGCUAGUAAUUAUUCAUUUCAUUCAAAGAAAGAUAUGACUGCUGAAGAAGCAUCCUUUGUCUUGAAUCAUGCUCCAUUGCCUGUACAGCAAAGCACUCAAGUUAACAUCACAGCAGACAACUUACCGGAAAAUACUACAAAUAUGUCUGUGGGAGGGUAUUUCCAAGACAGAUGUCCUGAAUUUAAAAAUAUUUUCCAAAUGACUGAUAGUCCUAUCAGAUCUGUGAGACCUAGUAUUAGUGAAGUUUCUCUGUCAACUCCAUUGAACUCAAUUAGCAAUGAAAGUAAGAAGACAUAUGUUGUUGAUCAAUCUUUGGAUUGUAUACCAGUGAGGCAAUCCCGAGCCGCUAAUAAUGAUGCAGUUAAAAUUAAAGAAUCCACAUUCAGUAUGGCUCGGAACUUUACAGUUCCAGAAAUAUCCGACAGCAGUUGUAGUACUGAUAUGUCUCCGGCUAAAAAUGAUUUAUUUAAAGUACCAAUGAGUAAAGUUUACGAUCAAGAAGAAUCAUCUAAUAUAAAACAGAAUUUACUACAGAAAAGACUUCUGCAGUCUCUAAAUGUUGAACAGUUUUUGAAAAAAUCUUCGCCAUUUCAAAUACCUACCGAAGAAUCUGGCGUUUCUGUUGAUAAUGAUAAUGAAAAUUCUUUGAGUAUUUCUAAAAUUGCAGACUACUUAGGAAAGCAAUCAAAUGUAAGCAUAACCGGUAUGAUGCAAUUAACUAAUCAAAAACAGGCUUAUAAAAAGGAACCACUAUCAGAAUUGCAUAUGAAUCUUCAAAAUAAUACGAGAGCUAACGACAGAAUGUCUGUGACCAAUUUAAAAGGUACAGAAAUUACUAGUUCCACAGGUAAAAUGAGUAUAGUUACAUCUCUGGAGUCAUUGAAGAUAAGAGAAAAGAAAACUGUACCCACAGUUGUGGUAACUCCUUCUUUAAAUAAAACUGAAUGCAGUGACACGGAUAGUAGGAAAAGAAUUUCAAGAUCUAAAUCCCCAUCAAGCAAGAGUCCAUCCACAUUAAGCACUGUACAAGAAAAUCAUAACAGUUUCAAAUCUAAUGACAGUCCACUGCAAAAAAGUAAAGGCGAGGCUAAUUUGUCGCACGUAGCUUCUCCAAACGUACAAUAUAAAGAGUUAGAUAAUUCAGUAGAUUGGCGCGAGGUUUUGCAACACAAAAGUAGAAUGCGAGACCGCUUAGUUAAAGAACAAUGGGUAGAGAUUAGAGCUACAGCUGUAAAAGGUUACGUGGGUACAAGCAGCGACGCCACAAUAACCAUCACCACACUCACAGACAGUUGGCUGACAAUAAAAUUACAUUUCGUUGAUUUACCAAACAAUGGGAAAGAUUUGACUAUUGAACUGCCUCGGCAGCCAUUAUUACUGUCUCCAGGGAAGACUGAACAACUCAAAUUAUAUAUAACAUCUAAUGUAGAAAUUAAUACGACUUUACCAUUCAAAGUGUGCCUUCGAGAUUCAUCUGUUGAUGCAGAUAUAGAGCAAAUGGGAAAAUUAGAUGUUGAUUUCAAAAUGCCAACAAUUCAAGCAAUAUCCGGUGAUGGGAUGAACAAAGUUAUUUUUCCCACGGUACAAGAAAACUGUAGUGCAACAAAAUUCUUUAUCAUUAUAAGCGAUUGUCCCGUAGACUUACAAUUAGAUUUGUCGAUUAUUGAAAACAAUGAUGUGUUCACUAUAAAGAACGUUCAAGAAAUUCGUAAGAGUGAAGUAAAUAAAGUCUUGAUGGAGCGUGAUAUUGAAGAAGAUAAGACGGGAAAGUCAAAGGGAAAACAUUUAAAUAAACAGUUGUGUAGACUAACGAGUGGUAAUGCAAUUAAAGUCUCCGUCGUGUUUACUGCGCCUAAACUCACUGGAAUGGUUUGCAAUGAAAGUUUGACCAAAUUCAAAGGUGCAUUGAAUAUAAACUUGAUUGGAAUUAAAGAUGUAUUGAAUAAAGUGGAUUUGUAUGGAGAUGUGGGCUCGGCCAAGUUGCAAGUUGACAUACCGCCCCAUAAACUACAUAUAUCUAAUGAACCUAAAACUAUAAUGUUGAGAAAUUCUGGAAGCAUGGCAGGAACAUGGUUUAUCAGAAUUAAACAUAAAUCACUAAAUGACUAUAAUGUACCAUUCCAAACAUCGUUACAAAGAGUUGAGGUACGUCCGGGAGCAGAAAAAGAAUUAACUAUCACAUACAAAGGAUCACAAGAUGAGUUUGUUGAAGGAACACUAUAUUUCGAGGAAGCCCACACUGGAAACAAAAUGAAUAUAGACUUAACAGGUGGUUCAGAUAAACCGAAAGUUUUUCCCAUAAAAACGACUUACCGCACUAUGUCAUGGGUCCGUACUGGUAGGAAGGAGCUUAAUUUGAGGAAUUCAACAAACAAAAAGAUUCAGUUACGAUGUCAUAUAAUUGGCGAGGGGUUUACAAUUGAUCUGCCGGGUGUGGAGUCCAGAGGAACUUAUUGUUUGUCGUUUGGACCGAACGAGUCCCGUUCCCUGCCUGUGCUAUUUGCACCUAGUUCCCCUGCCCCGCACGCAGCAGCCUUGCAUCUUGUUUACGAUAAAAGUUGCGACUUCUCCAGAAAGGUGCAACUGUUUGGUGUGUGCAGCGGGUCAUGUGUGCGCUGGAGUGGGCUGGUGACGUAUGGAGACACUGCCCUGGUGCGGGCUGUGGCCAGGCAGCCUCUCUCACUGCCACUCUACAACAAGUACAACGUGCCAGCCUUCAUCUGCGCACACCUUAGGUUCAACUUGCAGUACCGGUGUUGCGAGGAGAGCGCAGUGGUGGAAGGUGCGCAGUGUGUGGUGGGUGCGCGGAGACGACACACGCUGCAGCUGCGCGUGGACUGGGCGCGUGUGGAGCGCCGCGCCCGCACUCAGCCCGCGGCCGCACUCGCCGCGCUCACAGUGCUCGCCGGACCAGAGAUCACACGACGCAGGAUACUCAGAAUAAUCAGAAACAAAACAACGGGUGAGCUGGAUACCAGCUUGCUGCCGGCGCACCUCAGAGUGCUGGCACAAGAUAUCGAGGGUCAGGAGAUCGUCUCUGAUGAGGCAUUGAAAGACUUUGAGGAAACAAUUUCAUCAUUGAACGAGCUGAUCGAGAGUCUGCAAGAGCUGAGCGCGCAGAUAGACUUGCCGCAGGACUUCGCGGACGAGCACACCAUCCUCAUCAGUGAUGACACUGUACUUGAUCACCACACACUCUGCGACUGAACUGCAAUCAUCAUUUUACUACCGCCUUGUUUUAAAAACUAUCAAGAACGCUCAGUCUUCUUUUUAAACUAU